ACUCAAGCCCGCGGCAGACGUGACUACUCGAAAAACAACGCGUCGUCACGUCUGGUCACUGACGUGUCGCCACAGCCUAUAAAAACCUGGCCACUCGCGAGCUGUACCGUCUGCGGCAAACCACCUACAAUGUCACAACCAGUAAAACGACACUACGACCCCGCUGUCAAAGAAUUUAUAACCGCCCUGCGGCUGGCGGAAGAGACGGGCGCGGCUCCAGAGCUGGUGCAGGCGCUCAAGUACGGCCUGGAGCUGGUGGAUCUCAGGUGGCAGUUCACGCUGUUCGGCACCUCCAACGAGAGCCAGGCUUGUAGGAAUAUUCUAGAAGAGACACACAAGCACGAUUGGAAGACGCUGCACGAACAAGGGAAAACGACGUGGGAACUGAGGCCUGGUAUGAUGAGUGGAACUUUGGAAGGUCAGUUUCUGAAAUCCAUUGUCAGUAUCCAGCGAGCCAAACGUGUCCUUGACAUUGGUAUGUUUACUGGCUACAGCGCCUUGUCUAUGGCUGAAGCUCUACCAGACGAUGGAGAAUUGGUUACUAUAGACCAAGACGAGUAUCUCAAGACUUAUGUAGGGGAAACAUUGCUAGCUAACUCGCCACACCAAAACAAAAUUAAAAUCUUAAUCGGGAAAGCCCCAGAGAUUCUUAAAAAGAUGGCAGAGCAGAAGGAGUCGUUUGACAUCAUGUUUUUAGACGCCGACAAGUCAGAGUACUUGGAAUACUUUAAGUUUGCAUUUGAACAAAACCUGUUGGCACCCAACGGCACGGUGCUAGUAGACAACGCCUACAGAGGCGGGGACGGAUACAUCCCUUCAGCUGGUGAAACUGUCACUAAGACUUUCGUCAAGGCAGUGCACGAUAACUCCUCUUUGCAUAAGGUGCUUGUGCCCAUUCGUGACGGUGUUUUGAUGAUUCGUCGUCUCGCUGAUGUUGAAAGAGCUGCGGUAUAAGCAAUACAUAAUAUACAUAACAUAAUACCAUUCUGUUCACAUUGCAUUCACUCUUACAUAAUAAAAGAAAUCGAUCGACAAAU